AUGGAGAGAGAAAAGGGGGCGGAACGAGAGGGCGUCAGCGAGCGAGCGAGAGAGAGAGAGAGCGAAAAAGAGAGAAUGAGGGGUACGUGGCAACGGCGAGAGAGAGAGGAAAGAGGGUUUCGGCGGGAGAGAGAGAAAGGGGGAUCAGUAGGAGAGAGAGAGAGAAUGAGAAAGAAGAUGAGGGGGUACGUGGCGACGACGGGAGAGAGAAGAAAGAGGGUUUCCGACGGCGAGGAGAUGAAGUGGUGGCGACAAGGUGGACGGCAAGGAGCCGGAGUGGCGGCAACGAGCAGAUGGCGAGGAGGCGGGAUGAUGGCGACAAGGUGGCUGGCGAGAAGGGGAGUUGCGGCAACAAGGUGGACGGCAAGGAGGGGGGAUGAUGGCGACAAGGUGGCUGGCGAGAAGGGGAGUGGUGGCGACGGGGCGGACGAGGAGGAAGAGGAACGGUGGCGUUGGGGUGAAUGGCGAGGACGACGUGAAGAGGAAGAGAUGGAGGUCUCCCUAAUCCAAGAGGGUGAGAAGAAGAGAGGAAGCCUCUAGUCCAAGAGGCGAUGACAGGAGGAGAGGAACCCCUGGUCCAAGGGACGAAUGAGAGAGGAGGAACCCCUAGUCCAAGAGGUGAGGGAUAACACGAAUCUUCUUGAUUCUAAAUUCAAUUUCAACUUCUCUUUCAGUAUUCUGAAGUUUGAGUAUUUAUAGGAAACAGAGAACAAUAGUUAGAGGCGUCCCGUUCCAAAGUAUGUCAAGCGGUGUCUCUUGGAGGGAGAAACGCCUUAGGAGAGAAGGGGUGCAUGGGUGACGUGGCCUCUUCUCCUCCCUCCUCUUCCUCCUCCUGGGUCCACCUAAAGGAAUGAGCCCUCAUAUUAAUUCCAUCAUGUUACCAUCUAAAAUUUAUGUUCUUGACCUUCGGCCUUCCCUUCAACCUAAAAUUUACAUUGCACCAUUUCACCACCAUAUGCCAUUGCCAACUAUUGUCUCUCAUGACCUUAUGUGAUUCAGCCCCUAGGGUUAUUAAUUUGGCAAUUGCAUGUCUCGCACAUAAGGCCUUCUGCCUUAUUUGAUAUAUGAGACAAGACCUAGGAUGAUGUCAGUGCUCGACAAAUAAGAAUCAGAUGAAAAAGUUCUACCAAAUGAUUCUUACGUAGUCAAUUACAUAUGAUUUACUUGGUCAAAUUAAAAUAUGUAAAAGUCAGAAAAAUUAUAAUUGAAUGAAAAAUAAUUUUAAAAAAUUUAAUCACAUAAAUUAUUAAUAAAUAAAGUAAAAAUUAAAUUAAAAGUAAGAAAGACAAAGUUUUGACCUCACAAUAAUGAUUGCUAAAAUUUUGUAUGUUCAAGAGGAUCAUCGAACAAAGUCCAUGACUUCAAAGGCUCUUUCUUUAGACAUGGACAACUUAGACAUUUGUUAG